AUGGUCGGCCCCAACUUUAAAGUUGGCAAGGAGAUUGGCCGAGGCAACUUUGGCGUCCUUCGCCUAGGAAAAAAUUUAUACAAUAAUGAGCAUGUUGCUAUCAAAUUGGAGCCGAUGAAGUCGAAAGCUCCGCAACUACACUUGGAAUAUAGAUUUUACAAAAUUCUGGGCAAUGUUGAGGGCAUUCCCAAGAUUUACUAUUUCGGAUCCUGUGGAAAGUACAAUGCUUUGGUUAUGGAGCUGCUUGGUCCAAGUCUCGAAGACAUGUUUGACCUCUGUGAUCGCAAAUUCUCAACCAAAACAGUGAUUCAAGUUGCCCUCCAAUUGCUUAACAGGAUAGAAUACGUUCACUCGAAGCACCUAAUCUACCGAGAUAUAAAGCCUGAGAACUUCCUCCUCGGCAAGCCCAACUCUCGGAAAGCCAAUGUUCUCCACAUAAUCGACUUUGGUCUUGCCAAGGAGUACAUUGAUCCAGAAACGGGUAAACAUAUUCCAUAUAGAGAGCACAAGAGUCUAACUGGGACUGCUCGCUAUAUGAGCAUCAACACUCACCUUGGAAAAGAACAAAGUAGACGAGACGACCUUGAGGCAGUGGGACACAUGUUUAUGUACUUUCUCCGUGGCAGCCUGCCCUGGCAGGGCCUGAAGGCGGACACGCUGAAGGAGCGCUACUCGAAGAUUGGCGAGACGAAGCAGUCGACGCCGAUUGAAGUAUUAUGCGAAGGCUACCCGGAGGAGUUUGCCACCUACCUUCGCUACGUCCGCCGGCUGGACUUCUUUGAGACGCCCGACUACGAGUACCUGCGCAACUUGUUCAUCAAGCUCUUUGAGCGAGAGGGCCACAAGAACGACGGCAUUUACGACUGGACGGAGAAGCAGCAACAACAGAUGCAGCUGAUGGAUCCGCCUCGGGUACCUCGCGAGCGAUACGUUUCAUCGCACAUCAAGACCUCGACUGACCGCAACAACAAGAACGCCUGGUCGGAGAGGCAGGAGAAGUCUGGUCGCGCCGGUGGCGGCGGAGGAGGCGGCGGUGCGAGUGACCGCAAUGCGAUCCCAAUGGGCAGUAACACCUCGGGCGGCGUGAAGCUGCUCGGCACCUCUGGUCUCACGUCCGCCGACCGCCACGGCGGCUCAGUCCAGGUGGUCAGCUCAACGAAUGGUGAUCUCACGACCGACGACCCGGCCACUGGUCACUCCAACACGCCCAUCACCGGGCCCGUAGAGCUUGAUGCCGUCUCGGAGACUAAGUAA